AUGCCGAAAAAGGUCAAAGAAUCCCUUAUACCUCCCUUGGACUUCGUAGUUCCUGUUUCUGCAAGCAAAAUUCCUUUUAACAACGAAUUCGUCCAAUGCACGGCAAAACAUCCCAUAGUUAAGACAGUCAUUUCAAAGGAGCAACCAUCCUGGAUUGAACCUCAUUUCGACUCCUCAAGGCAACGCCAACCACAUCCACGAGCUGUCUCGGCUUUCAAUGGUAAGGGUUCCUCCUUUAAAAAUAAAGGCGUGGUUGGACCCCUCAACUUUUCUUCCAACGGCCAGGCCUUGCAAAAAGCACAAAAUGAAUCCCCAAAGGUGAAACCACAGUGUCCUCUUGUACCCCCUGUCACACCACCACCAGUACUUCAUUCUGGACAAAUGCUGGAAUAUACGUAUUUGUGUAACUGCCUUCUCAGAGAAUUUGGAUACCUCAUUACUGUAGAGUUCUUGAUUGAUCGUUACCUGGACGGGCAGGCGCUCGAUUUGUGCCCGACUUCGUCUUCGAAACUAGUCUGGUCGGAAAUGUGCGAGAUCGAGGUUGGAUUUUUCCCGGUCGGUUCUGCUCUAAUUCGAUAG